UUGUUGGGAAAAAGUUAUACUGGAUCUUAAACAUCUCUAUAGCACGCCCUCCUCAAACGAAAGUCAACUCAUGGACGUGAAGUUUGCACAGGCGAUCACCACACCUUGUGCUUUAAUCAACUCUUAAUAUUGGAAGUCGUAGAAAUUCGAACACACAACUCACAAUUUCACCACCAAAUAGACUAUAUCUAUCAUUUUCACCACAAACCUCCAAUACAAUUUCACAAUCCUACAGAGAUAUACAGAAGUACUAUUUUCAACAAGAAAGAAGUACGAUGAUGAAUACAACUCACACCCUUGGCCAUUCGCAUUGUGAUUCCUCCCUCAUUGUACAAACCAGCACUCCACCGGUCUUCUUUGCUUUCCAUAACACGAUUCUCCAUAUUUGGUAAAAGAAACGAGCAGAUCAAAGAAUCAUCUUAUCAUCUACUUCGCCACUUGUUCAUCUGUGAUUAGCGAUUCCCAGAUUUCCUUGUCCUGAAGACGACGAUGAAAUUCACGCACACAACUUCCUUAAACUCCACUGCUCCUCACAGACUGAUCAGUGAACCCGAAAAUGGAGCUUUCUCUCGAACCCACUUCCCUUCUCCUCCUCCUCUUCCUCGCCUUCAUCACAAUUUCCUACACCUUAACCAACGUCCUCAAAAACCGAUCAUCGACCAGCGGCGGCGGCAGAGGGGGCGGCAGGGUACCACCGGGGCCACGGAAGCUGCCGCUGAUCGGAAACCUCCACCAGCUGAAAUCCCCGCCGCACCGCUCGCUGGCCCAACUAUCGGCACAACACGGCCCAAUCAUGCGGCUCCAACUGGGCCAGCUCACGACCACCGUCAUCUCCUCUCCUGCUUUCGCCAGAGAGGUCUUCACCACCCACGACGUCACCUUCGCCAACCGCCCCGUCACCGCCGGCAACCGGAUCCUCUCCUACGGCCUCCUCGACAUCGGGUUCGCCCCCUACGGCGGAUACUGGCGCCACCUGCGGAAGAUCUGCAAGUCCGACCUCCUCAGCGCCAGUCGGGUCGGGUCGUUCCGCCGGAUCCGGGAGGAGGCGGCGGCGGAUCUGGUCGCCGGGAUCGCCGCUGAAUCGCGGGACGGCGGUGUCGUGAAUCUGAGCAAGAGGAUGGUGGAGAUGACGUACGGGAUCGCGCUGAGCGCCGCGUUUGGGAGGAGAUGCAGGGGAGAAGAAACAGGGGAAGCCUAUGUGUCGAUUGUGUACGGGAUUGUGAAGAUGAUGACGGGUUUCACGCUGGUGAACCUUUUCCCUUCUGUGAAGUUGCUGGAAUUGGUGACUGGGAUGAAACCCAAGUUGAUUAAGCUGCACAAUGAGAAGGAUCGGAUCGUUCAGGGUAUUUUGGAUGAGCAUAAACAGGGGAGAAGGAACAGAGUUGUCAAUGGAGAUGAUGAUGAAGAAGAAGAUCUGACUGAUGUGCUGCUAAAAUAUCAGCAGCCUGGCGACUCUGACUUCCCCUUGACCGAUGAUUCCAUCAAAGCAAACCUUUGGGACAUGGUGACGGCAGGGGCAGAGACAUCCUCGGCAACAAUGGAGUGGGCGAUGUCCGAGAUGCUCCUAAACCCUCCAGUCAUGGCGGAGGCACAAUCCGAGGUCCGUCGCGUCUACGACGGAAAAUCGACCGUCGACGAGACGCUCCUCCACGAGCUCCACUACUUGAAAGCAGUGAUCAAGGAGACGCUGAGGCUGCACCCUCCGUCUCCCCUGCUAAUGCCAAGGGAAUCCAGCGAGGCCUGCGAGAUCAAAGGGUACCACAUUCCGGCCAGGACCCGGGUCAUAAUCAACGCGUGGGCGAUCCAGAGGGAUCCCGAGUACUGGCCGGACCGACCGGACCGGUUCGUGCCCGAGAGGUUUCUGAGCCGGUCGAUGGACUACAAAGGGUCCGAGUUCGAGUUCAUUCCGUUCGGUGCUGGGAGGAGGAUGUGUCCUGGAGUGAUGUUCGCGCAGGCGAACAUCGAGCUGUCGCUCGCGAAGUUGCUGUUUCAUUUCGACUGGAAGCUGCCGGAGGGCGUGGAGGAGUUGGAUAUGAGUGAAUCGUUUGGGCUGGCGGUAUGUAGGAAGCAGGGCCUUGUUGCAGUUCCGGUUCCUCACGGUGCUGUGUAGGAGGUUUUACAGAGUACUUUGCACAAUGUAUGACAUUAGUUUAUCAUGUUAAAGCAUCGUGCUUGUGAUUUGUGAAGUUGCUUUGCUGUCGCCUUCUCUAGCUUUCGUUUUCCUUUUGUUUCCUUGGUUUACACUCCAGAGAGAUGGAUGUUGAAUGGAUUAUAGCCUGUAAAAGCUCCUUCAAAUCAAGCCGUCAAAUGAGAGGCUCCUUCAAAUCAAGCCGUCAAAUGAGAGGAUUGACGAUUGUGGUAAGGAUGAAGACGAAGUCAUUUUCCCUCACUUAGAGCAAUGCUCAAAUUUACCGUAGUUUAUUGUCAUGACGUGUGUUAGCUAUAGAGGUGGCAACUAGGAUCCAAAUCCAUGAAUCUAAUCCAAUCCAAUCCAUCCACCAAAUUAUCCAUCUAAUUCAAUCCAUUUAAAUCCAAUCCAUUUGAUCCAAAUCCAAUUGGAUUGGUGGAUUCAUGGAUCAAUCCAUGGAUCCAAAUGGCAAAUUACGAUUUGGUACCUAUAUUUUUUAUAUUCUACAUUUUGGUACCUAAAAUUUAUAUUUUUAUAUGAAAAAAAUCAUUGUAAAAUUACAUUUUGGUACCUAAAAUUUUUCAUUAUGACAUUUUAGUACCUAAACUUUUCAAAAUUUACAUUUUGGUCCAAGUCUUGGAUCUCAUUUGGAUUCAUGGAUCAAUCCACCAAUCCAUUUGAUCCAAUCCAUGAAUCCACCAAUCCAUUGGAUCCAAUCCGUUUGAUCCAUGGAUCCACCAAUCCAAUCCACGAAUCCGAUCCAGUUGCCACCUCUAGUUAGCUAUGUUUACGAAUAUUAGUCAUAUACGAAAUGACAUUCACCUAGAGACUAGUAUACAAUCAACUCUCAUUCAUCUACGCAAUAAAUAAAAGCCAAAUGAGAAAACUUGAAGCCCCAUUUCAAGUUUCCUGCAUCCAGAGUGAAAGUAGGAAGGACAUUUUGGUCUUCACAAUUACUUUUUUUUAUUCAUUAAAAGGACACUUACUAGGAUUCGAACCACGACCACUCUAAAAAAAAGAAAGAUCAUAACCAAUCACACUAAGUAUGGCAUAGACACGGCUUCGGAUGGCCCAUGUAUUGAGACAUUAAGACCGAUGGAUCAAAUGGUUGCGUGUGAAGGGGUAGAAUCAAGGUUGUUAAACCCCUAUCGAACCCCCCGGUUGGACCCGGUUCAACCCGAGUCGGGCUUCAAAACGGCCUCCAGAAAACCCCCCGGUCUGACCCCUAAACAUGGAGAAGAAGAGAGGCAGAAGAGAGGAAAAGGAACGAAGGAAGGGAAAUGGUAGGUGGAUCAUGGAGGUUAGGUAGAUUUAUUUUGUUGAAAAUAAGUUUUUAAUAGAUAUAUGUAAGAUAA